CUAAGAAGUUCCAAAUAAAAAACCAAAAGAGUCUCUCACGUUUUUGUGUGACAGUGUGGCUGCACCACAAUGAACUGCGGUGGUUUAUGGUGGGGGCUCCUGCAUGGGGGCCUGCUCCUCCUCCAAUCGUCACACAAGCCUGGCUCUGUCUGCUAUAAAAACACAUGUGGGUCCCCCACAUUUAAUUUCCAGCCUUAACUUGACAGAACAGAGACACAAACCCGGGAGAACAAUUCACAAAAUGUGAACACAGAGAGUAUUUUUUUUUUUUUUUUACAACAUUAGAGGUUUUGGAGUGUCGUCUAAUGGGCCGACACACAAGCGGACUUCAGUGGAGGCGACGUCUUUGUUUUUAAACAGACUGCACGGUCAGAGAGAGACAACAUGCAUGCAGGCAAAGCAUUGCUGUGCGUCCUCCUCCUCCUUCACUGCGCCACCCCGAGCUCGCCUCUGUCCACCUGCGCCGCUGUGGACAUGGACCACAUCAAGAGGAAACGUGUGGAGGCCAUAAGGGGGCAGAUUCUCAGCAAGCUCAGGCUGUCAAGCCCCCCUCAGCCCCAGGGGCCUGCUAAUGUCCCCUACCAGGUCCAGGCGCUCUACAACAGCACCAGAGAGCUCCUGGAAGAGCUGGGCCGGCAACGGCAGGAGACUUGUGGUCCGGAAAACACGGAGACGGAGUACUUCGCCAAAGAGAUCUACAAGUUCAACAUGGUCUAUGGACCCACCGAGAGCAAUGAUCUCUCCUACUGCCCAAAGGGGAUCCCCUCAAAAGUGUUCCGCUUCAACGUGUCCGCCAUGGAGAGGAACUCGACCAACCUCUUCAGGGCCGAGUUUCGAGCGCUGCGGGUUCCGAACCCAAGUGCCAGACGAAACGAGCAACGGAUCGAGCUCUACCAGAUUGUGAGGCCCAAUGAACACAUCAGAAAGCAACGCUACGUCAGCGCUAAGAACGUGCUGACCAAAGGAACUCCUGGAUGGGUCUCCUUCGACGUGACUGAAACAGUACGAGAAUGGCUGCUGAACAGAGGAAGCAACCUUGGUCUGGAAAUUAGUGUGCAUUGUCCCUGCCAUACCUUCAGCCCAAACGGCGACAUCAUUGACAACGAGAAUGAGGUUCUGGAGGUCAAGUUCAAAGGGGUGGACGGGGAGGAGGAGCAUGUUCGCUUGAAGAGGCUCAAGGAGCAGAACCUGCCUCAUUUGAUCCUCAUGAUGAUCCCGCCUCACCGCCUGGCGAAGCAGACCACACACAGACGCAAGAGAGCGCUGGACACGGACUACUGUUUCUCAAACACAGAAGAGAGCUGCUGCGUUCGGCGCCUCCACAUCAAUUUCCGGCGUGACUUGAACUGGAAGUGGAUCCAUGAACCCAGCGGCUACGACGCCAACUACUGCUCAGGGCCAUGCCCUUACCUGAGGAGCUCAGACACGCCGCACAGCUCGUUGCUGAGCCUCUACAACACCCUCAACCCGGAAGCCUCGGCCUCACCUUGCUGCAUCCCCCAAGAACUGGAACCCCUUACCAUCCUCUACUACUCUGGACGGACCCCCAAAGUGGAGCAGCUGUCCAACAUGGUCGUCAAGUCUUGCAAAUGUAGCUGAGGACGCUGACAGGAAGACGACGGAUCGGCUUAGCACUGAUACAAAACCCGUACUUUAUUGAUGGAAGUCUUGUUUGUUUUUUUACACUUUUUCUGACUCUAUUGAUAUCAACCUGCUUGUCUUUCAUCAUAGAAAGAACAAUAUUGUCUGCCCUCGUUAGGUGUACAUGAACCAUCCAAUCAGAUACAAUACAGUUUUGCAGAACCCUAUAAAAAAGAGGGUGUGUGAAAGAUAAUACGUAACGCCAUACGCCGACAAUGAGUUCUGGUGUAAAAGGUGCCGGCAAACACAGUAAAUAAUCGAUCGGCCACUUUGUUCUGUAUAAAAAGAGGCUGGUGUCCAUGUGAACAUGUAACUAUACUACCUGUCAGGAGCCCCGUUUACUUUGCCUGUAAAACACGGCAUUUCCCCACCUCUUGUGCAUACAUGGCUCAGUAACACGUUCACUUUUUCGGCUUCAGAGGUACAGUAUAUCCACAGCUGUCACAAUGGCGGCGUUUGCACAAGCGCUGGGUUCUGUGAAAAAGGCACCUGGAGAUUUUUAGCUGCAAUUUUGAUUGUAAAAAUAGUGGCGUUGCAGGGGUGCCCAGAUAUUUGGCUUCCAAGUGCCAAAGUCAAAAUGUACCAAUGGUCCUUAGACUUGGAUUGUCCUUAGACUUAGACUACCUGAUAUUGUCAUUCAAAUUUGAACUUUGCAGUACAGAAAAGAACACAAUUUUGUUGCAUUAGCUUGUUGUAAUGCAGGAUAAAAGAGCAAUAGGGGCGGUGGGGGGGAUAAUAUUUAUAUAGCGCUUUUCUCUAGAGACUGAAAGCGCUUUACAUUGUGAAACCCAAAAUCUAAGUUACAUUUUUAAACAAGUGUGGGUGGCACUGGGAGCAGGCUGGUGAAGUGUCUUGCCCAAGGAUAAAACGGCAGUGACUAGGAUGGCAGAAGCCGGGGGAUCGAACCUGCAACCCUCAAGUUGCUGGCAGGGCCACUCUACCAACUGAGCUAUAGUGCCCCAAUAAGGUAAAGAGUGUUGGCAUUUACAAAAGAAUGUGCAGAUAUAAACAGAUUAUUGUACGGAUAAAUAUAUUGCAUUUUUGCAUAUGCAUCCACUUAUGUUUUAUUGUCUCUAUAGUCCAGCGAGUUAAUCUGUUUUUGGGGGAAUUAUUAUGAUCUCUCCAGAGACUUCCAGUCUGAGGUACUGCGUCCAGACAGAGAUGCAGUUGGUCCGUGGGCCAAAUAACGAUUUUUCUCAUGCAACAGCACCAGGAGUGAAGAAUUUAGCCUUAUACCGCCAAAUAUAACUAUAAGGUAGUAGAGAUUGUGCUUAAUUCAAUUAACAUGCAACUCUGCAUCUUUUAUGUACAUUUUUAACCUCAAAACAUUCAAAUGAGGUCAUUUUCUGCGGAUGUUUGCCAUCUGUUACCAGUUCCUACUAGAUAGUUCAACUGAUCGCUUUCAAACUUUAAAGUUAAAGUCCCAACGAUAGUCACACACACACUUGGUGUGGUGAAAUUACCCUCAUUUGACCCAUCCCCAUAUUCACCCCCUGGGAGGUGAGGGGAGCAGUGAGCAGCAGCGGUGGCCGCGCUCGGAAAUCAUUUGGUGAUUUAACCCCCCAAUUCCAACCCUUGAUGCAGAGUACCAUGCAGGAAGUCAAUGGGUCCCAUUUUUAUAGCCUUUGGUACGACUUGGCCAGGCUUUGAACUCACGACCUACAAGUCUCAGGACGGACACUCUAACCACAAGCCCACUGUGCAGGUUGCACCCAGACGGAUUAGACGUAUGGUAUUUAGGAUUUUACUAUACAACGUGAGCGAAGCAUGGUGACCAAGAUUAUCUUUUUCUAUUGAGCGCCAAAAAGUCACAAUUUUACCGGUCUAAAAUGCAACUGUUAAAUAAACAAAAACAAAAUCCAUAGAAAACUACAAACCCCGUUUCCAUAUGAGUUGGAAAAUUGUGUUAGAUGUAAAUAUAAACGGAAUACAAGGAUUUGCAAAUCCCUUUCAACCCAUAUUCAAUUGAAUGCACUACAAAGACAAGAUAUUUGAUGUUUAAACUCAUAAACUUUAUUUUUUUUGUGCAAAUAAUAAUUAACUUAGAAUUUCAUGGCUGCAACGCGUGCCAAAGUAGUUGGGAAAGGGCAUAUUCACUAUUGUGUUACAUCACCUUUUCUUUUAACAACACUCAAUAAACGUUUGGGAACUGAGGAAACUAAUUGUUGAAGCUUUGAAAGUGGAAUGUUUUCCCAUUAUUGUUUUAUGUCGAGCUUCAGUCGUUCAACAGUCAUUCAUAAUACUCCACAAAUUUUCGAUGGGAGACAUGUCCGGACUGCAGGCGGGCCAGGAAAGUACCCGUACUCUUUUAAUACGAAGCCACACUGUUGUAACACAUGGCUUGGCAUUGUUUUGCUGAAAUAAGCAGGGACGUCCAUGAUAACGUUGCUUGGAUGACAACAUAUGUUGCUCCAAAACCUGCAUGGACCUUUCAGCAUUAAUGGUGCCUUCACAGAUGUGUAAGUUACACAUGCCUUGGGCAAUAAUACACCCCCAUACCAUCACAGAUGCUGGCUUUUGAACUUUGGGCCUAUAACAAUCCGGAUGGUUAUUUUCCUCUUUGUUCCGGAGGACACCACGUCCACAGUUUCCAAAUCUAAUUUAAAAUGUGGACUCGUCAGACCACAGAACACUUUACCACUUUGCAUCAGUCCAUCUUAGAUGAAAUCGGGCCCAGCGAAGCCGGCGGCGUUCCUUGGUGUUGUUGAUAAAUGGCUUUCGCUUUGCAUAGUAAAGUUUUAACUUGCACUUACAGAUGUAGCGACCAACUGUAGUUACUGACAGUGGUUUUAUGAAGUGUUCCUGAGCCCAUGUGGUGGUAUCCUUUACACACUGAGGUCUGUUUUUUGAUGCAGUACCGCCUGAGGGCUCAAAGGUCUGUAAUAUCAUCGCUUACGUGCAGUAAUUUCUCCAGAUUCUCUGAACCUUUUGAUGAGUACGGACUGUUGAUGGUAAAAUCCCUAAAUACUUUGCAAUAGCUCGUUGACAAAUGUUGUUCUAAAACUGUUCGACAAUUUGCUUACAAAUCGGUGACCAUCACCCCAUCAUUGUUUGUAAAACUUAGCAUUUCAUGGAAGCUGUUUUUAUACCCAAUCAUGGCACCCACCUGUUCCCAAUUAGCCUGCACACCUGUGGGAUGUUCCAAAUAAGUGUUUGAUUAGCAUUCCUAUACUUUAUCAGUAUUUUUUGCCACCUUUCCCAACUUCUUUGUCACGUGUUGCUAGCAUCAAAUUCUAAAGUUAAUGAUUGUUUGCACACAAAAAAAGUUUAUCAGUUUUAACAUGAAAUAUGUUGUCUUUGUAGCAUAUUCAACUGAAUAUGGGUUGAAACGUAUUUGCAAAUCAUUGUAUUCCAUUUAUAUUUACAUCUAACACAAUUUCCCAACUCAUAUAUAAACAGGGUUUGUACAAGCUGGCAACUCAGUCACCAGAAAUUUACCAUAAAAUUGGUGGCGGUUUUUACAUGCAAUUUAAAAACUGUACCUUUGUUGUUUUAUGAUAAAAUUCUGGUGACUGACAUUGUUGUUACUGUAAAAUCUAUGGCCAUUUUUUUGACAGUGCAUUACUGUAAAUAGAGAAAUGGUACCACUGGUGAUUUUAGUAUACAUUUAUGGCGACUGAACUGUCAAAUCUACUGACUUUUUUUGACAGUGUAGUCUUGCGGACAUGCUAUCAAUGAUUGUGCAGCUUUGAAAGACAUCAGUAUGACUAUGUACUACAUUUGGUAGCCACCCUAAUGAAACAACAUGACAUGAAAUUUGGCCCGCGGGCUUCACCUUGGGUAUUCCUGCUGUAUUGCAUCCCAUAGGAUUAGUAUUACGGAUUCUUCCUCUUCUGCGUUCUUUAUUAUUUUCCGUUUCCGUUAAAACCCAGUGGCCAAUAUCUUCAAACACAAAAAGGAGUAAAGAACUGGGUGGCCGUUGUAAGCCAAAAAUCCCAAAGUGCGGUCAGUGGGAGAAUGCCUUUUGGGAUCGCGAAAGGAAUGGAAAAUCGGUAAAUGGGAAGCCGAGCCAAGCCUUUUGGGACACUGAGCCAGCGGCAGCCUUUUUAGAAGAGAAGUGAUGAUGAUGAUGAUGAAGAUGAAGAUGAUGAACAGAGGACCUGCACGUUUGAUCUCUAACAGGUUUUGGGCGACAUCACAGUGUUACGCAACAUUUUAUGGCAUUUCUUUUACAUUGACAGCAGCUGUUAUGCAACUUCUAGUAAGUGUUUGACUGCAUCUUAGCUCGUCUACUGUUACACUCUUCCUGUUAUUCUCUCUGUCUCUCCCUCACACACACACACACACACACACACGCACACACACACACACACACACACACACCGAUAUAGCACUGCCUGGACCUCUUUUCCAUCCUCAGAACCUGCAGACAUUUGUUUUUUGAAAAAAAUAGUCAUGUUGUGCAAAAAAACAACAACACCACAGAGGAAGCUGCUUCUGAGGAUAUUAUUACAUUAUAUCUUUUCGGUACUUUUUGAUAUUUUUCUAAAUAAAGGGGACCACAAAAAAUUG